UCCCUCGACGAACUUUCCAUUUCGCCGCCUAUAAAUAUCGGAGCUUCCCCCUCGGCAAGAUUCAUCUCCCUUUUACGUCUUCAGACACCGUUCUUGUUGAGCACGUUAACUGCUUCUUGCUUGGUUCCAUCGGAAUAUCUACCAUGAAGCCAUGUUGUAGAAUCCUAAUUAGAUGCAGAAGUUCGGCUUUCUUCGGAACCCCACAACCGAGGUGUUAUCACCAUUUUGUUGAUAACUUGCCGACUUUUCGAUCCAAACUAGUCCAAGAACGCCAAUUUCAUCGAUGUUCUCCUAGAUUUUUCGGGCUUAGACGUCUAAUCGAUCCAUAUCAGAAACCCUCCCGUCUUCCCAAUUCCAGUUUGGGCCAAUCUAGGGUUUUUCCCUUUUGUUGUAACCCUGGUAGAGGAAGGGCUAUUUCUGUGAUUUCGAAUGUUGCCUCUGAUGUCCGGCAACAUUCCACUUCCGUUGAGUCUCAUGUUAACGAAACGAGCUUCGAGAGGAUUUACAUUCAAGGUGGCAUGAAUGUGAAGCCUCUUGUGGUAGAAAGGAUCGAGACAGAUGUUGGUGUUGGGAAAGAGGAAGAACGCAUCUUAGAAGAUAGUCGUUUGAAUGUAGAUAUAGGGAGCUCUGAGGGUCUGGAUGAAGCUGCCGGCUCGACCCAACAGAGAGUGGUGUCGGAGACUGAAAGGGAGGCGUGGGAUUUGCUACGUAGUGCUGUUGUGAAUUACUGUGGAAGCCCUGUGGGAACUGUUGCGGCUAACAAUCCUGCUGACAAGCAGCCUCUCAAUUACGAUCAGGUGUUCAUUCGUGAUUUUAUCCCAUCAGCUCUUGCAUUCUUGCUCAAUGGGGAAGGGGAGAUUGUGAGGAACUUUCUCCUGCAUACUUUGCAAUUGCAGAGCUGGGAGAAAACAGUGGACUGCUACAGCCCAGGCCAAGGAUUAAUGCCAGCAAGUUUUAAAGUCAGAAGUGUGCCCCUUGAUGGCAGUAAUGGAGCAUUUGAGGAAGUUUUAGAUCCAGAUUUUGGAGAGUCAGCGAUAGGGCGUGUUGCUCCAGUUGAUUCAGGUUUGUGGUGGAUUAUCUUGUUGAGAGCUUAUGGAAAGAUAACCGGUGAUUAUACAUUGCAAGAAAGGGUGGAUGUCCAGACAGGCAUCAAAUUGAUAAUGAAUUUGUGUUUAACUGAUGGGUUUGACAUGUUCCCUUCCCUGUUAGUCACUGAUGGCUCCUGCAUGAUAGAUCGUCGGAUGGGUAUUCAUGGCCACCCCCUUGAGAUCCAAGUAAGUCGAGCUUACUUGAUAUUUACAUUUAAUUGUUGAUGCAUUAAGUUGACAUUUAAUUGUUGAUGCUUAAAUUGAUGCAAUUCCUUGAGGCAUCUCAAUGAGCAAAAUGUGGACUGUAGGGCC